AUGGAGCCAGUCUUGGGGCUGAAGAGGCUCUGGAGCUGGGCAAAGAGGGCCUGGGGCAGGCAGCCCCGGCACAAGCGCUGGCUGGAGGAGGAGAGCAAGGUGCGGGAGGUGGCGCGCAGCACCGCCGGCUUCGUGCUGGGCAUGGCCCUGGCCAGCCUGUACGGGGCCCUGGUCCUGCUGGCACAGAGCGGCAACGUCUGGUACUGCCUGGUCACCACCAUCAGCCUGGGCACGGCGCUGGGGCUGGGCAUGGCCUUCUCCACCAAGGUGCGCGUCUCCGUGCUGCUCACGCUGCCCCACAUCUUCACCAGGGAGGGCAAGAUGCUGCUGCUGCUGCUGGCACUGGGCAUGGCUGUGCAGGGGCCCUGCACCAACAUCCUGCACAACUUCUCCCGGGCCGCUGAGUCCCUGUCGUGUGGUGCUGAGCUCGCCCUCAACCAGACGGCCGAGAGGCUGCAACGUGCCCGGGAGCCACUGCUGAACGUGCUGGCCAAAAUCAAGGACAUUGCCCAGAAAGCCAAGGUGGUGGGCGACCGCGUCCGCAAGUUCUUCCGCUCCAUCAUGGACUCCGUGAGCCACGUCGCCCGAGCCCUGCGCAACGUGUGGCGCUGGCUGGCCAACGUGGGUGAGCUGUGCAACCAGGAGCUGGGCACGCCAUACCGCCGCUGCCUGCGCCUCUUCGAGGAGGCCAAGGACAACUGUGAGCGCGCCCUCUCCUUCCUCUUCUUCCUCUGCUACAUCAUCAUCACCUUCAGGCCGCUCUGCGGCCUGGCCAACGCUGGCCUCCUCUUCUGCAUCAUCCCCCAGUACAUCCAGUCCUUCCUCAAGAAGACGAUCGCAGCCCCCCUCAGCAGAGCGCUGGACCGUGUGCGCAGGGAGUUCGAGUUCAACAUCUCGGCUGUGCACCACUUCGACGUCAGCCUCAACUCCAGCAAGACCCUGGGUGAUGUGGCCCUGGACAUCAUGGAGGGCGUGAGCCAGCGCCUGGAGCCCACCCGCCAGGUCGUGGGGCUCUUCGCAUACGCCUCCUCCUGCGCCAUCCUCUACCUGUAUCUGAAGGCGCUGCGGUACCGCCACCAGUACCUGCGGGAUGACACCUUUGACAACGUCUACAUCACACAGCGCUUCAUGGAAAUGGACGUGCGGCGAGCAGAGCAGGGCAAACCCACCGUGCUGCCCCUGAACUUCUGGGAGAGCGGCCGCUACAUCCACCCCGGGAUGCCGUGGUUCUCGCAGCAGGAGCGGCGCCGCUACGGGCUGGAGCUGGCGGGGGUCCUGCGGCAUGUGCUGCUGGGGCUGAGCCUCGUGCUGGCCGACUACAGCCUCUUCUGGCUGCUCGACCUGGUGCGGCACCAGAUGCAGGGCGAGAUCGUUGCGAGGGCCCCGGCGAUGCUGGCCGUCAGCGUGAACGGGACAGGCUACACCAGCGAGAUCUUCCAGGACCUGGUCUCUGCCUUCGACGUGCUGCAGCGGGGCAACGUCUCGGUGCUCUCCCAGCGGUGCCUCCUGCAGCCUGUGGAGCCCGACUACAGCGCCUACAUCAGCAUGGGCAUCCUGUACGGCAUCUGCCUCUUCGUUGCCAUCUUCGGCAACCACGUGGGACGCCUGCGGCGGGUGGUGUGUGCCGCUUACUACCCGGCUCGUGAGCAGGAGCGGACGUCCUUCCUCUACAACAGCAUCCUGGCGCGGCGGGCAGGGCUGGUGCAUGCCCUGCGCCAGGCGGCGAGGCUGCACUCGGCGGAUGCUGGGCACGGCAAUCUGCUCCUCUUCCUCACCUCCAGGGUGCCUGCCUUUGGCCGGCUGCUUCGGCUCCUGGGCAUCCAGCAGAAACACUGCCUGGCCUGCGGGAUGGCGGAGCAGAAGGACUUCAUCGCGUGCAUCACACCCAGCUGCAAAGGGCUGUACUGCAGCGAGUGCCACCAAGCCCUGAACAACGUCUGCUCCAUCUGCAUGGGUCCCCUGAGCUACAAGGACAUGGGGGACGAGGAGAUGGACUCCAGCGACGAGGAGACGGUGGGGCUGUGGCUGGGAGCGCUGCGGACGCUGCGGGGCCACGAGCAGGAGCAGCGCCGGGAGCAAGGGCGGCUGCUGAGGCAGCGCAUCCAGGAGGUGGCAGGGGGCUGGGGGGGAGCCCGCCGCUUGCCCCCUGAGAUGUUGGCCCAGCUGCGAGCCCAGCUGAAGGAGGAGGCGAGCGCGGAGAGCGAUGGGGACAGCUACGGGGUGCCUGGUGAGGACAGCUCCUUCUCCAGCCUUGAUUUCAGCUACCAGGAGCAGCCCGAGGGCAGCGGCAGUGAGCUGGAGGAGGUGAGGGUCCUGCAGCCACCCAGCAGCAAGGGCAGGGCCGGGUGA